UGGCUGUUGAGCGCGCAAACCCUGUGUAGGCCCGCUGGGCAGUGCGGGCGGUGCCCGCGUCAGUGGUCGACUGUGACCUGUGCUUCAUUUCUCCGUCGUCACGGGAAAUAAAUCUCUCGAAGCCGACUGGUCCUCUCCUGGAAAGGGGGCAGAUAUUCAGGACCCCUUCACCUUCCUUCCAGUGGACAGCGAGCCUGGCAUCGUUGGCGUCCGUGGUUGCCAGUUCUUCCAGGUGCUUUGCCACACUGAGAAAUGGCUACUGGACAGGACCGAGUAGUUGUCCUAGUGGACAUGGACUGUUUUUUUGUUCAAGUGGAACAGCGGCAGAAUCCUCAUUUGAGGAAUAAACCUUGUGCGGUUGUACAGUACAAGUCAUGGAAGGGUGGUGGAAUAGUUGCAGUGAGUUAUGAAGCUCGUGCAUUUGGGGUCACUAGAAGCAUGUGGGCAGAUGAUGCUAAGAAGUUAUGUCCUGAUCUUCUGUUGGCACAAGUUCGUGAGUCCCGUGGGAAAGCUGACCUCACCAAGUACCGGGAAGCCAGUGUGGAAGUGAUGGGGGUAAUGUCUCGUUUUGCUGUGAUUGAACGUGCCAGCAUUGAUGAGGCUUAUAUAGACCUGACGAGUGCUGUACAAGAAAGACUACAAAAGCUACAAGGUCAACCUAUCUCAGCUGACCUGUUGCCAACCACCUACAUUGAAGGGUUGCCCCAAGGCCCUACAACAGCAGAAGGGACUGAUCAGAAAGAGGAGACGCGAAAACAAGGCUUAUUUCAAUGGCUUGAUUCUCUUCAGAUUGAUAACCCCACCUCUCCAGACCUGCAGCUCACUGUUGGAGCAGUGAUUGUGGAGGAAAUGAGAGCCGCCAUAGAGAAGGAGACGGGCUUUCAGUGUUCAGCUGGAAUUUCACAUAAUAAGGUCCUGGCAAAACUGGCCUGUGGACUGAACAAGCCCAACCGCCAGACCCUGGUCUCACACGGGUCAGUCCCGCAGCUCUUCAGCCAAAUGCCUAUUGGCAAAAUCCGUAAUCUUGGAGGAAAACUAGGUGCCUCUGUCAUUGAAAUCCUGGGGGUGGAAUACAUGGGCGAACUGACUCAGUUCACUGAAUCUCAGCUCCAGAGUCAUUUUGGGGAGAAGAAUGGAUCUUGGCUAUAUGCCAUGUGCCGUGGGAUUGAACAUGAUCCAGUUAAACCCAGGAAACUACCUAAAACCAUUGGCUGCAGCAAGAACUUCCCAGGAAAGACGGCUCUGGCUACUCAGGAGCAGGUACAAUGGUGGUUUUUGCAAUUAGCCCAUGAACUAGAGGAGAGACUAAUCAAGGACCGAAAUGAUAAUGACAGGGUGGCCACCCAGUUGGCUGUGAUCAUUCGUGUACAGGGAGACAAACGUCUCAGCAGCGCACGCCGCUGCUGUGCUCUUACCCGCUAUGAUGCUCACAAGAUGAGCCGUGAUGCGUUUGCUGUCAUCAGGAACUGUAACACUUCAGGAAUCAAAACUGACUGGUCCCCUCCCCUCACAAUGGUCUUCCUCUGUGCUACCAAAUUCUCCACCUCUGCCCCUUCAUCUUGCACAGACAUCACCACCUUCUUGAGCAAUGACCCAAGUUCUCUGCCAAAGGUGCCAGUUACCAGUUCAGAAGCUAAGACCCAGUGUGGCUCAGCAGUGACAGCCACUAAGAAACCAAACACUUCUCUGGAAUCAUUCUUCCAAAAAGCUGCAGAAAAGCAGAAAGUCAAAGAAGCUUCACUGUCACCUCUUACUGCCACUACCCAGGCCCUUGUGAGCAAUUCACCAUCCAAGGCCUCCUUACCUUUCCAAACCAGUCCCGCUACGGGAACUGAACCCUUCUUUAAGCAGAAGAGUCUAAUUCUAAAGCAGAAACAGCUUAGUAAUUCUUCAGUUUUCUUCCCUCCACAAAAUCCACAGUCUAGCCCUCAACAGUUAACAAACUAUCUUCCAACAGAGUAUCCAGAUUGCACCGUCUGUCAAGCAGCAUUGAAGCUAGGAUCCUCUGAAACAACUCCUACAGAGGUGGAUUUGGCCCAGAACAGCCCAAGCAGGCUUGCUUCUUUAGCUUCCAGCUCUGCUCUGGAGGUGGCUCAGAAAUCAACUAUUACCCCAAGUCCUGUGGCAUCUGAGGACCAAAUACCCUGUGAGAAGUGUGGCUCUCUGGUACCUGUAUGGGAGAUGCCGGAACACAUGGACUAUCAUUUUGCAUUGGAGUUACAGAAAUCCUUUCUGCAGCCCCACUCCUCAAACUCGGAGGCUGUUCCUGCCAGUUCUCCUCAAAGCAAAAGAAAUCCCAAGAGCCCUUCAGCCUCCAGUAAUAAACGCCCUAGGCCUGAGGGCAUGCAGACAUUGGAAUCAUUCUUUAAGCCGUUAACACACUAGUGCUGCCCUCAGGCUUGCUGCAGGGUUUUAAUAUUUUACCUGUAAACUAGGAGAUGGAAAUAUGCUCACUUUGCAAGGAAACCCAUAAUCAUGAAAUUUUUAGUAAGAGAAACAGUCCAGUUAGAUGCUGACUUGAAACUCCCCAUCUCUUCACAUGUAUGGAUUCCAAUUCCACUGCUAACGGAGAUGUAAAAACUGACUUACCUUGCAGAGAUACAACUGCUUUGAGUUUCUAAUCAUUAGAGUUUAGGGAGGCAGUGUCAGAGUACAAAUAUGUGGGCCUUGAAGCCUAGGGGAGGCACUUUCCUCACUUUUCCUCAUCUGUA